UUCAGUCAUACCAGUCACAGAGCGGAGGCGACCGGUGAAGUGUGACAUAUUCACGAGUUCACUUUAGGUGCAGUUUCUGCAAUUUGUCUGUGCGGGAAAAAGACACACUGCUGACUCGGGAGAUCAGAAGGGAAGAAGAUGGCGAUGGAGGCCUCCAAAACAUCAAUCACCUCGACAUGGAUGCACCGGAAUUCCGAGCUUUACCUUUCUGCGAUACGAGCCCCAUUCAUUCUAAGCAUUCGAGAAGGCACGCUUGAUCAUCGAUUUUACACUCGUUGGCUGGGCCAGGACUACCUCUUCGUGAAAGAGUUUUGCCGGUUCGCGGCUAGUGUCGUCGUCAAAGCUCCAGAGUCAAUCGGUGAUGAGGAUCUGGAUAUCCUUAUGGGCGGAUUGAGCGCAUUACAGGCUGAGCUCUUGUGGUUUAGAUCCCAAUCUGUUCAGUGGAAUACAAAGUUUGAAGGUCUAUUGAAGCACUCUGUCACCGAAGGCUACUGCAGAUUGUUGAAGAGUUUGGCCGGGCCAGAUAUUGAGUACCCUGUUAUCAUCUCAGCAUUUUGGGCCAUUGAGAUGGUGUACAAUGAAAGCUUUGCCACAUGCUUGGAGACGGAUGCUAACACUCCGCCUGAGUUACUUGAGGCUUGCCAGCGGUGGGGGAGUAAAGAUUUCAAGACAUAUUGUAUCUGUUUGAAACGAAUGGCGGACAGGGCCCUGCAAAACGCUGCUCAAGACAUGCUACAGAAGGCUGAAGAGUAUUUCCAAGAAAUAUUGAAGCAAGAAGUUUCGUUUUGGAGCAUGAGCUUCGACGAUGACGAAGGACAGGUCGCAUGACCGGAUGCUUUAGGAAGUUCAACAUCGAUUGACCGCAAGUAGGAAACAUCCAUCCGUUUCUUUAGUGUCGCAAGGGAAACAGAUCAAAGCUCAGUACCAACCAAAAUCCAAAAAAGAGGGAAAAUCAUGUGUGCAGAAUUUAAUUAAAUUUGAUAAACCUGAGAAGACGCUUUAUGUAGCUUAUGAUAUGUAACAACAGUACAGAAAAUUAGUCCACACUUGAGUUUUUUCGACACUGGCUGCCGAAAACACUUCAGGGAUGAAUGAGACCUUCAAGUUUGUCUGCCUUCAUGUGACUCGUUUCGAAGUAUCAAGCGGGAGCCAGGUAUGCAUUCACCGACAUGAGAUACUCUGCAGGUUACAACGUUACUUUGACAAAGCAACUGACUCGUGAUACAACCAACUCAACAGUCGUGCGAAGGUCCAUCUAUGAUACCCUUAAACCGGAUCAGGAUUUUGCGUGAAGCUCAAGUUGCAAGUCCAGGUAUUGCUCCCAACAUAGCGGACCUCUUCUACCUCGUACAACCAGAUCAGAAGUAAUAACAAACAGGACCCGAGACCUCUAGUAAUCUUCCAAUCUUCCGAGAGGAGAAACUCAGCAGGAGCUGACUGCUGGCGUGGAUUAUCUUUAUGGCGAAAUGCCCUGCGGCUCUGAAAGAAGUACUGAAUCGGCAACAAAUAUCAUGUAGAUUGUUGGGCAAGAGCAGCGGCUUCGGCUUGAACCAUUGGAUCGUCUUUGGAAUCUUCUUCCUCCACAAUGCCUUUACCAGCUGCAAGUUUGCGUUCCUCUUCCUCGGCGGCCUUGACUGUGGCCUCAUGCUCUGCAUUCAGCUUUGCCAACUCUUCUUCCUGUUGCUGCCUCUCAAACCAUGUGUCUGCAUCUGCCCAAAC